AUGGCUGAUCAGCUUAACAUGAACGGCUUGUCGCUCAACGACUCUCAGCACGCUCCGCACCAGAACGGGUUCGAGCGUUCGGCUUACAUUCCGCCUCACCUUCGAGGCCGUGGUGCAGGAGGACCGCCUCCUGGACCGGAGAUGCACGCUCCGCUACCGGCGAUGGCUAACGGUGGCAUGAACGGCAGCGCCGGCAUGAACGGUAGUGCAUGGGCAAACGGAGGUGGCCCUCCACCCCGUCGCGCUGGCGGUAACGACAGCUGGGCCAGUGCUCCAAGCUUCAACCCCCACGGCGCUCGUGACGCUCCGCAAGGCGGAUCUUGGGCUACUCCCGCUCCCUAUCAACCAACUGGUCGCUUCGACCCGACCGCAUACGGAAAGCCUGGUGCUGGUACCAGCGCAGCUGCUCGUGGAUCUGGAGACGGACAGUGGAGAGAUGGAAAGCACAUCCCGGGUCCUGCCAACCAGCGUCUGGAGCGUGAGCUUUUCGGCGUUCCUAACGACCCGUCCAAGCAGCAAACCGGUAUCAACUUCGAGAAGUACGACGAUAUCCCGGUUGAGGCGUCCGGCCAGGGCGUCCCCGAUCCCAUCACCAGGUUCGAGAACCCGCCUCUGGAUGACCAUCUUCUCAGCAACAUCGAGCUUGCCGGCUACAAAGUUCCCACACCAGUGCAAAAGUACUCUGUUCCGAUCGUCAUGGCCGGCCGCGAUUUGAUGGCUUGUGCUCAGACCGGUUCCGGCAAGACUGGCGGCUUCUUGUUCCCUAUCCUCUCUCAAGGAUUCAUCAACGGCCCAAGUGCGACUGCCGCACAACAAGGCGGUUUUGGCCGCAAUCGAAAGGCGUAUCCUACUUCGUUGAUCUUGGCUCCGACUCGUGAGCUGGUCUCGCAGAUCUUCGACGAGGCACGAAAGUUCGCCUAUCGCUCCUGGAUCCGACCGUGCGUCGUCUAUGGUGGCGCAGACAUUGGAUCUCAGCUCCGCCAGAUGGAGCGUGGCUGCGAUCUGUUGGUUGCCACUCCUGGUCGUCUGGUCGAUCUCAUCGAGCGCGGACGUAUCUCUCUUGCGAACAUCAAGUACCUCGUUCUGGACGAGGCUGACCGCAUGCUGGACAUGGGUUUUGAGCCCCAGAUCCGCCGCAUCGUAGAGGGCGAGGACAUGCCCCCAACGGCUGGCCGUCAGACCCUCAUGUUUUCCGCCACGUUUCCGCGCGAUAUUCAGAUGCUUGCACGCGAUUUCCUGAAAGACUACGUUUUCCUUUCCGUCGGUCGCGUUGGUUCCACAUCUGAGAACAUCACGCAGAAGGUUGAGUAUGUGGAGGACAUUGAUAAGCGCUCUGUCCUGCUCGAUAUCCUGCACACACACGGCGCAGGUCUCACUCUGAUCUUCGUCGAGACCAAGCGCAUGGCCGAUUCGCUCUCCGACUUCCUCAUCAACCAAGGUUUCCCUGCAACUUCCAUUCACGGAGACCGAACCCAGAGGGAGCGUGAGAAGGCCUUGGAGAUGUUCCGUAGCGGCCGCUACCCCAUCCUUGUUGCCACCGCUGUCGCAGCCCGUGGUCUUGAUAUCCCGAAUGUCACUCAUGUUGUCAACUACGAUCUCCCUACCGAUAUCGACGAUUAUGUCCACCGUAUCGGCCGUACCGGUCGUGCUGGCAACACUGGUAUCUCUACUGCCUUCUUCAACCGCGGCAACCGAGGCGUUGUGCGGGACCUCAUCGACCUUCUGAAGGAGGCCAAUCAGGAAGUGCCGAGCUUCUUGGAGAGCAUCUCUCGUGAAGGCAGCGGCUUUGGUGGUGGCAGCCGUGGCGGUGGUCGCUCUGGUGGCGGUCGUGGCCGCGGUGCUACUGCUACACGCGACGUCCGUAGCUAUGGCGGCAACCGUGCCCCUGGCGGCGGCUUUGGUGGCGGCUUCGGUGGUGCACCAUCUGGAGGCUACGGCGGUGGAUACGGCGGCCCUCCUGCUGGUGGCUACGGAGGUGGCUACAGCCAAGGAGGUUAUGGCGGCGGCUACGGCAACCCAUCAGGUCCUGGCGGUCAGUCCUGGUGGUAG